AUGUCCGACAAUAUUGUUUAUGCAUUGUUUGAGCCCACGGAACCCAAGCUUCUAUCCACCUUAACGCAAGCACAGCUUCUUGUGGACAAUCCACUUCUAGCCUCGGCACUUUCGAACAUCUUUCCUUAUCUCCUAGUCAUUGACAAUGCUCUCAAAAUUGUUACCUGGACGAACGACGACCCCUUCCUUAAUAUUCUCUUCGUGGCUCUGUACUCCGUGAUUGUCUUAUACUGGAAAUACUUGAAGUAUUGGUUCAUACCGUCUCUUGCUGCGUUGGUGUUCUCGAGUGUGGUUUGGAACACGAGUUCUAUAAUGCAUGAUGCCAAAUUUGAUGAAAAGCCUACCAUUGAUGAGGUUUUGCUGACGCUACACAAUAUCACUGUACGAUUUGAGCUUUUACUCCGCCCUGCAAAACAUCUCGAUAUGUCGAUGCGGAAUUACAUCAAAAUGGUUCUUGGGGCUGUCAUCCUUUCACCCAUACAUCUAGUGAUUGUCAAGUUCCUUUUUCUGCCCCAGACAUGCCUCUGGUUUGUAGGUGUGCUUGCGCUUACAUACCACUCACCAUUCUCAUUUGCUGUGCGCAGAUUGCUCUGGAGGUCUGCUUACUUGCGAAAGGUAAUCUACCAUCUCACAGGCCUAAACAUUCGCUUGAUGCGAAGCAAUUACUCGUCUCCGACAUCUCGUGCACAUGAAACUAUUUCGAGAACACACAGUCCGUCAGGCACAGAUGUAGAGGUCCAAGCUAGCAGCAAUCCGAUCGCAGACACUGUUCAGGCGGCGAUUAAUUUUGUGAUUUUGAAGAAAGUUGUUGUGUCCCUGACGCAGCUUAAACAUGUUGUACGAUAUGAUGUCUUGGAAAACGAAAGACGUUGGCUUGGGCUUGGCUGGUCCAAGUACUUAUUGCCUAAUGAGCGGGCAAGUUUUUGCUAUGAAAAACUGAUGCUCUCGGCCCCUGAUCCACAUACAGAUGCGGAAUUUGUUUUCCCUGUGUAUGAAAAUGACCUUUUCACAUACCAGUGGCAAUGGGUGGACGAUAAGUGGUCCAUUGAUCUUGAGUAUAAUCGCUCUAGAUUCCCGACUGGAUGGGUUUACUACGAUAAAAACUGGGGUGAUCAAAAAUAUGAAGAUGGGUUUUCAAGAUAUACUAGGACGCGCAAAUGGACUCGCCGAGCUAUCCUACUCAUAGAUAAACGUGCCGAGGUUUACGACGAGCAGAGCUCAUCUUGA